UCACAGAAUCUGAGGAUCACCAACAUUAUUAGAACACCUCUAACGUCGUUUUAGCGAACUUUAGGGUCUGUUGAAACGUUCUAAACUAAACCUAGAUUUGAACGUUAACCUGUUUUCUUCCAUAUACCAGGUAGCUUAAUAAAAUUACCACAGCACCAAAGUACCUUUUUCCUUUAUUAUAAUUCAAUAUCCUAACUCUUAGCGCCUUUAGCUACUUCAACCACCUAACAUGAAGGAGCAGCAUUCACUCGAUAAUAUGGACAGCCUUCUUUUUCAGUUUGCUGUUAAAACUCGACAGCUUUCUCAAAAGAAGAAUGAAAUCCAGCAACAAAUUAAAGUGUGCAGAACUUGCAUUACUGAGAAGAGGUCAUACAUUGAAACAAUUCAAGGAUAUAUCAAGAAUCUUGAAGAGGAAGCCAGAGUGAAGGAGAGCACUGUAACAAAGAAUAAAGAAAAAGCAAAAAGGAUGAAGGCGACCAACAGCCUGCUUCUUCAAUAUGAACAGACACUAAAAGCAGAACUGGAAAGUAGAAAAAACAGCUACAACCAUGACCAGGAAGUCUAUGAAGACAGGAUUGCGAGCUGCAGACGAACACUGCAAUCACACAAAGAAACAUAUUUCCAAAAUCCUGUUGCUCAGAAGCUGCUUCUGGUACAGGCUGAGAUUGAGGAAACUGAGAGCAGAAUUAAAGAUUAUGAUGAUUGCAUAAUGAUGAAACAGAAGGAAUUGGAACAUCUUGCUGGUCCAACUGUUACGUCGUAUGCCAUUGAGAAGCUGCCAGACAGUUUUCUGUGUAGUGUUUUAGGCCAGCAGCCCACAACAGAAGAAGAACAAUAUGAACUGACAAAGGAGGAUUGCUCCAUUAACAUCUCAGCUAUUGAUCUCAACCAAGCAGCUAGUGGCCAUGAACCUGCUGUAGAGGCAGACACUGAGGAGAUGAACGAGGAAAACGAAGUGCAGGAUCCAACCAGUUAUCUUACUACUGCCCCUGACAAAACAAAUGACGAGCUGUGGUCUCAUCAGCAGUUGGAUGAUGAAUGUCCACCAGAUGAAUUACACUCUGAGGCAGAGGACCCAGAAAUUUCACAAGAUAAACAGGUGCAACUUCCCACUUUACCAGGUCCAGAGGAUGUCCCAAAAGUUGACCUGAAGGAUAAAGCACCUGAUGCAGAGGACCAUAAGGGAGCUUGUGAUUUUCCUCAAAAAUCUCAAGAAGCCAACCUACAGUCACUCUCUACAAAAGAAACAUCUGUGACCUCAACCCCAACGUUUACAUUCAACUUCAGCCCCACCAGCUCUCCUCGUCGGGGCACCUCUGAUUCUAAAUCUCCAGCUUUUGUGCUCAAUCUGAACUCCAAUGUUAGCACACCAGGAUUUUCUGGAUUUGGAUUUGAUAUGGGCUCAUCUCAGGAAGAAGAAUCCUCUUUUGCGUUCUCUGGCUCUUUUUUCAACGAGAAGAAAGCCACAGAUGCAAAAUCUUCAAGCUGUACUGAGUUCCUGUUUGACCAUCCAGAACAAAGUGAAGACUUCCAGUUUGCCUUUACAACCAAGAGUCCUAAGUCAGCCAAAGAAAACUCCAAAGAUGAGUUUCCAUUUUCCUUCAACUUCUAAGAAAAAUACAAAACACACAUAAAUAUUUAGCUUAUUAAGUUCCUGUUUAUUUCCUUGUGUUGUUUAGUUGGCAGUGAAGUAAGUUCCUAAGGUCAGAUGUUUGAUAUUAAGGCAUAGUUGGGUUAAUCACACAAGGUAUACGUAAUAGUGUCAUACUUCAGCAGAUCCUUAAUAUUUCAUCAUCAUUAAUAUCAACUUAGAAUACUUUAGAAGUUCAUAUAGCUUUACAGAUUUCUCUCUUUACAGUACAGUAGUUGGAAAGUUUACAUGUUUUACAUUGUAACAAAGUGUUAGUUGACAGCUCUGAAAUUUAUAUUCAUCUGAAUUAAUACUAGAUAUAUUGUAUUUAGUCAUACACACAAUAUACAUAUAUAUGUAUAUAUAAAAACAGGAAAUUAACAUUUUAACGGUCCCUUGAGUUACACAGUCACAUUAGUCACACAAAAUAUUCAGAUAAAACACAAAACGUGUAAAAUCUUCAGGAAUUUCAGGAAUGACAUGUUAAAGCAUGACAAGGAGUAUUUCUUUCACUGAAGGCUCCUGCUUAUAUGCUUUAUAGCUCAGAAUGUUUGCAGUUUUCUUUCUGUGGUUUUAAAAGUAUGAAAUUCACACCACAUCAUCUACAUUCAUUUGUUGCAUGUAUGAUAUUCAAUAAAUGUUCUGUAAAGCUUUGGUUUGGUGGCACAUUUGGUUUUGUAGCAGCAAUUCGAGUAGAAAAGAAAUCCUUACAAGCACCUUGGAGGAAGUACACAAUGUAUCUGUAUUAAAUGCAUCAGUCAAUAAAUGAACACUGGAAAUUAC